CACUUCAGUUGGGGCAAAUAAUUGUAUUGAGAAAUCGAGUAUGCGAAGAAUUUAGGUGAAAAUAAGAGAGUGAAAGAAUCUGUAAAAAGAAGCAAGACAGAAACAGGUAAGACUUGGUCCUAGCUUUCUCAUGAAUAAAGAAUUUGGAGCCCCAUUUUGCUGUAUCCACAUUCUCAUGCUAACUUCCAGAUGUGACAAGAUUCCCUAGAGGAAGAUUUCUAGCUCUUCGAUCUCAUUGUUACCUGGUCCUUUUAUGGGAUUUCAUGCAAGUGGAUAGCUAGCGUAUUGACUUUCCUUAUAAUAAUUCAUCCAUUUUCUCACAACCAGCAGAAUAUCUUCAUCAUUCAAUCGUUUCUGCAAGAGAGAUUGGUCCAGUCUUCUCAAUGGCUGGUGUUCUGAGUACUACUUCCUGCACUUACCGGUGUCGUUAUCAUGCCUUCUUGAGUUUCAGGGGAGAAGAUACACGAAAGGGCUUUAGUGAUCAUCUCUAUAGAGCUUUGGAGUUGGCAGGAAUUCACACUUUCAGAGAUGAUGAGGAAAUUGAGAGAGGGGCAAAUAUAGCUGCUGAGCUACAUAAAGCUAUACAGGAGUCACGAGUAGCCAUAGUAGUCUUCUCGAGUGACUAUGCUUCCUCAAGUUGGUGCUUAAACGAACUUGCCAAGAUCAUGGAACGUCAAAUAAACGAUGGAUAUAUGGUAGUCCCCGUUUUCUAUAAGGUGGAUCCAUCUGUUGUUAGGUGGCAGAGUGGGUGUUUUGCUGAAGCAUUUGUCAAACAUGAAGAACGCUUCAAGGCGGAGAUGGACAAGGUGACCAAGUGGAGAAAAGCUCUCAAAGCUGCCGCCGAUCUAAGAGGGGUGGUCUUAGGAGAUCAGUACGAAUCACAGGUCAUCCAAAAUAUUGUUGACGAUAUUGAAAAGAAAAUGGAUCCCGUUACUUUAAAUGUUGCCCCAUAUGCUGUUGGAAUAAACGAUCGGGUGGAAGACCUCAACAUGUGGUUAAGAGAUGGAUCAGUUGAUGUUGGUGUGGCUGGCAUCUAUGGGAUGGGUGGAAUUGGCAAGACCACUAUUGCUAAAGCUGCUUAUAAUCUGAACCAGCAUAGUUUUGAAGGAAGAAGCUUUCUGGCAGAUGUUAGAGCAACUACAGAACAACCUGAUGGUUUGGUUCGCUUGCAGAGGAACCUUCUGUCAGAUAUCCAAAGGAGAAGAGCAAAGAAGAUUAACAAUGUGGCUGAAGGUACGAGCAAAAUUAAGGAUGUUGUACGCUGCAAAAGAGUACUGAUUGUUCUUGAUGAUGUGAACGACUUGGACCAGUUAAAUGCGAUUUUUGGAAUGCGCGAGUGGUUUCUUCCCGGAAGCAAGAUUAUCAUAACAACUAGAGAUAAACACUUGUUAACGGCUAAUGGGGUUUCAAAAAUGUUCAUGGUCCCAGAAUUGGAUGAGGAUGAAUCACUUCAGCUUUUCAGUUGGCAUGCCUUCAGACAAGCUCAUCCUAUCGAAGGCUUCAUGGAGGUUUCAGCACUCGUAGUAAAACACUGCGGAGGGCUACCGUUAGCCCUCCAAGUUCUGGGGUCUUCUCUGUUUGGAAAAAGUCUACUUGUAUGGUACGAUACAUUAGAGAGGUUAGAUGAGGUUCCUGAUGGAAAAAUUCAAAGAAUUCUUAGAAUAAGCUAUGAUUAUCUACAAGACGAUCGUGACAAAACUUUAUUCCUUCAUAUAGCAUGUUUCUUCAUAGGAAAAAAGAGAAACUUGACAGUCACAGUACUGCACCAUCUAAAGCUUUUCGCAACAAGUGGAGUUCAAAAUCUAGUUGAUAGAUGUCUACUGAAAAUUGAUGAUGAUAAGUUGAUGAUGCAUCAAUUAAUCAGAGACAUGGGAAGGGGAAUUGUUUGCGAAGAAUCAGUUGAUGACCCUGGAAAACGCAGUAGAGUUGUGCAAAAAGAUGCCUAUGAGAUUUUGAAAAACUCAUCGGGAACGGAAACUAUCAAGGGUCUCUUGCUCAACUUCUCUAUGCUAAUGGAUGGCAUGUCUUCCACGGCAAUACUUAAAGAUAACAAUAAACGAUGGCAUGCCGAGGAGUCUGAUGGAACUUUUUCAAGACGGCGUCGGCUUAGCUUCUUCUCUUGGGAAUCAAUCAACUAUUCCUCACAUAAUUUAGCUUCUACAUCGAGUGUGGGAGACUUCAAAACAGAGGCAUUCAAAAGGAUGACCAAUCUUCAACUUCUCCAGCUCAAUAAUGUAAAAGUCAAUGGUGGCUAUAGAGAGUUUCCAAAAGCACUAAUAUGGUUGUCUUGGAAAGGGUUCCCCAUGAAAUCAAUGCCAGCUGAUUUUUGUUUGAAAAAUCUAGUUGCUCUUGAGUUGAAGCAUAGCAUCCUGCAACUUGUAUGGAAGGGAAUCAAGUUUAUUCCAGGAUUGAAAAUCCUUGAUCUCAGUCAUUCACAUGGUCUUGUUAGAACCCCUGACUUCUCCGGACUCCCUACCCUUGAGAGAUUAAUUCUUAAAGAUUGCAUAAAUAUUGUCGAGAUUGAUGAAUCAAUCGGAGAACUUCAGGAACUUGUUUUCUUGAAUCUAAAAGACUGCAAAAAUCUCAUGAAGCUUCCAAGAAGAAUUAGCAUGUUGACAUCUCUUCAUGAGCUAAUCCUCUCUGGUUGCUCAAAGCUUGGUGAUACAGUGAAACUCGGUCCUUCAUCAAAUAAACCAUGGCUAUCAAUCUGUUCGUGGGUAUCACCAAGAAAAAGUCUUGAAGCAACUAGCAGCUUCUCGUUGGCACAUUUGCCAACAUCUUUAGGAAGCUUAAGUCUGGCUGGUUGCAAUCUAUCAAAGAUUGCUGAUGAUCUAAGUGUUCUAUCCUCGCUGAAGUAUUUGGAUGUAAGUGGCAACCCAAUUGUGUGCCUACCCGAGAACCUAAAAAGUCUUACUAUGCUAGAAUCUCUUUCCGUAAACGACUGCACAAAGCUUAAAAUGCUUCCGGAGCUCCCUCCAAGUUUAAAGAAUUUGCAAGCAGAAGUUUGUACUUCGUUGAGAAAAGUAACGAACUUACCAAACUUUUUCAUGUCCCUAACACCAUUUCUUACAGAUUGCGGAGAAUUAGCUGAAGUUCAGAGCUUGUUCACUAUAAAACCAUUGAGAGGCACUGACUUACAGAUGAUAAAAAAUAUGGGACUGUGCAAUUUGGAAUCCAUCAGAGGCAUUGAAGUCGAAAUGGGCAAUCACUUGACGUAUACAUCCAGGACAGGUCCCCUCCAGGGACUAUAUGAAUGUGGUAUAUUCAGCAUUUUCCUUCACGCGCACACAAUUCCUGAUCAGUACAUCUACAGGAACUUGGGUAGUUCUGUGUUGUCGAUUAUUGUACCUUCCGAUCCUAAGCUUAAGAUCCGAGGCUUAAAUGUAUGUGUUCUAUAUGCACUAGGCUUAUAUAGGAGUUAUGCUGGUUCCCAGAUUCUUAAAGUCAGUAACGAGACGAAGGGUCUUAUGUGGACAUACUGCCCAGUUACUCAAGGUGUUCCGAAAGAGGAUGGACUAAUGUUAUGGCUAAGUCAUUGGCUGUUUGAGAACAAUGAAUUGGAGGGUGGGGAUGAAAUACGUGUCUCAGUGCAUAGUGCAGCUGCGUUCAUGCAUUUUCCAGAAGGUCAAGACAGUCUUCCCGCAAAGAAGUUUGGAAUUCAACUUGUGUAUGAUCAGGAAAAUGAGGGUGUUCCAUCCAAUGGUCAAGAAAUUGCACUACAAGAUGAAGUGCCUUGUUGGAGCCACAAUGUCAUCACUGGGAGUGUGUCAUUGUCAGCAUAUAUGUAUCAAAUGUGGCCGGGCAAAUACUUUAUUUGCAAUAAUGUUAACUACAUGCGUCAUGGACAUUUCAGAAGCUGCAAGGAGAAUCCAUCUCAUCUUGAUUUUUCAUACGAGCCCAAAGAUCGUGUGAGCGAGUAUUGCCAUCAUUUAUUUAAGCACGCUAUCUUUUCACAAGAGAAAAUUGAGUACAUAUCGAGUAAAAAUGACACUUUAUCUGUAUAGAGGGACAUACUUGAUCUGCAUAUGAAUAUAUCUUGACAUAGAAUUUAUAAUU